CGUCGCGAUGCGCCAAUCGGUUCGCUGUGAAAGGCAUCAUUUCUGUAAAGACUGCGCAUCUAGUUGAAGGACCCUUCCUGAGGCAUCUCCUCUCAGCCGUCACCGUAGCUCAGUUGGAAAGAACGUCAGUCAAAAGAACAGAAAUCCGUAGGGUAAGGGAUCGAAUACCGCUUGUUUCCCUUUUUUCGUGACCGUUGGGUGGGCUCGGACGUCCCCGAAAACAGUCCGAAGGCGCCUCCGGGCAUACCCAGAAACUUUCGGUUUUUGUCACUUCUGGGCUGCCCGCUAGGUACUUCGGACUAACCCGAAAAGAGCCCGCCCGUCCGGGCUGUUCCGGGGGCUGAUCAUUUUUAAACGGGCUAGUUGAGCUCCUGCAGCAGCCUGCCGACGGCCUCUGGGGGGGACGCCGGCGACCCUCCCGGGUGAGGUAACUCGAUGCGGUGGCCGAGGAGAGCGACCAGGGCUCAGUGUCAGUCCCCGCUGAUAGGCGUUCGGUUAGCGUCGAGUUGGUGGGCGGGCGGCGGCGAGCGCCGGGCGGGUAGGCCGACCCAAGCAGCAGCGCUGUCGAGCGGGACGGCCCGCCCGGCGCCUGCUGGCCGAGCUGUUGUAGGCCAGCGAAGGGCGAUUGACCGCCAAAGUGCAAGCGCUGCAGAAUGCCGGCGCGGCUGGACGCGAGGCCUCGGCCGAGCGGACAGUCGCGACGCAGCCUCCAGCCAGAGCGCAUCUAAGGAUUAACUUAUAGUUCGGUAAUGUAACCAUUAAGGGACCAAAGUGUCAGAUAGCACGACCUUGAAGGGGAAUGAAUACCGGUAGAAGGGAGUAGCCGCCGUGACGUCUGCGUCGCACAGCUGUGCUUUUCCCGCGCUACUCCGCGCUGCAGAGACACUCCCGUUCCCGCCGCGGCGCUACCCCUCCGACUGCCUCCUGCAGCUCCGCGAUCAGCAGCAUGGACCUGGAGUGCGAUAUCUGCACCGAGCGCUUCGACGGCGCCGAGCGGCUGCCCAAGGUCCUGCCGUGCGGGCACACGGCCUGCCUGCAGUGCCUGCGCCAGCUGCCCGACAACAGCUGCCCGACGUGCCGCCGGGACUUCAACGGCCCGCCGGAGGGACUCAUCACUAACUUCUUGGUGCUGAAGUCGCUCGAGGGAGUAAGGCUGGACAGCACUCCCCGCUGCUGGUGCUCGGACUGCCGCACCGCCCCGUCGCCCCACUGCUGGGAGGACCACGACGUCCUGCCCGUCAAGAGUGCCCUGAGGCGCCAGCUGGAAGAUGCGCUGCCACAGGCCGCCGAGCAGCUUCAGGGUCUCCAGGACCAGUGCCGGGACGAGCAGGCCCUGCCCGCCCUCACCCUGCUGACCGGCGAGUCCUGGGACGUGACGCUGCGGGGCAGCGGCCGGGAGCUGACGGGGACCCUGCGGACCUCCGAGGAGCCCCUCACCAAGGCCCUGUGGCUGCUGCUGGCGGCGAGGGCCGCGCUCACCGAGGUAGGCGAUAUGGACCAAUCUUCUGCGCGGGACCCCGCACCUGCAGCUGCUCACUCCCCUCCUGCAGCUGGACCCACACCGGCUGCAGCCCCCCUCGCCGCCCGGGACCCACCACCUGCCGAGGCGCUGCCCCCGCGGGAAAUGAAUGUGUUACUUAUCAGCUGCAGUGGACCCACCUACAAGCAGCAGCAGAAGGCCGCCUUGUUGCGGGACGCGCCGGGGGUGACCCGGCUGGUCAAUGUGGGGUGCUUCAAUGACCCCGACUGGAGCCUCCAGCUGCUGCAGCGCGCCGCGCCCACGCUGGAGCGGCUGUAUGUGCACAUGCCCCGCGAGGCCCACCUGCGUGCGGUGCACGGCAUGCCGCGUCUGAGGCGGCUGAACGUGUGGGUUGAUGAUGAUGCCCUGCUUGCCCAGCCCACCCAGCCCCCCGAGCUGCCCGCGCUGCCGCCGGGACACGCCGGCCUGCAGUGGCUCAGGGUGAACAACCUCCCCCGCGCCACGACACAGUCCCUGCUGCGGGCGCACGGCGGCACGCUGGAGGAGCUGGUGCUGUGGGUGGGCACGGCUGGGAGGCAUGAGUGGCCACGCAGCUGCGGCGACCUGCACUCGCUGCUGCAGCAGAGCGGGCUGCGGGCGCUCAGGAGGCUCGUGCUGCUGCGGAGAUGGGCCUACAGCCACGAGCCAGCCGCCUGCAGCCAGCAGCGCGCCGAGGUGCGGCGGGUGCUGUCCGGGGCCGAGGUGCUGUGCGGCUCGUGUGACCGUGUGGAGCAGGAAGAGGUCUAGGGGUGGCAGGGCCGGCAGGGCCACUGGGGCGUGUUCAGGUUCAGGCAGAGAACAUUCCUCACUAAUUCGUUCCCAAGUCAUUCUCGCUCUUCCCUGGCAGAGACUACAGCGGCGCAGCUAGUCCGAGUCCCUAGCGGCUUUACCGAGCGGGCGCCUCAGAUGUGAUGUAAUGCAUUUGGUAUUCAGAAUCAUUAGCCGAGUUUACAUCGAAUUUACAUCAAAUACAAGUUUUAUUCUCAAUAGUAUUUACAGUCAAUAUUUGGCCUACAAAAAAUAUAUCUUUGUUUACAAAAUAAAUAAUACAACUAUA